CAACUAACCCUAUCUAUCUCAUCUUUCUAAAUAGUUAGUAGUUUCAUUCCUCCUCCAUUUAGAAUUUUCAGGGAAGGAGGGAGUACAAUAUUAUUCACCUCAUGCAAAAGAAAGAAAGCACCAAAAAAAGUGUGAGGAGAAUUUAAUUCCUUCCCAACCCUUAACAAGAACUUGCAUGAGGGGAGCAACCUUUAGAAGAGACAACUUCUUCUUUAUUAUUUCCCCUUCUUAUAUACUCAGCGUGAAGAAGGAAAAAGAAGAUAUGUAUCCUGAAAUGGAAUGAGAGAGGAGAAGGGAAACAUAGGGUAACACAUGCAAGAGGAAAUAAUGACUCAGUGCAACAGUAAUAAUGAUUACCCUGAAAACAAUCAUAGCACCAUUGUGGAGAGGAACAAAGAUAGCUUAAUUAGUAGAACUUGUCCAUCAUGUGGUCAUCAUAUCAAAUGCCAACAAGACCACCAGGGUGCUGGAAUUCACGAUUUACCUGGGUUACCAGCUGGAGUGAAGUUUGAUCCAACAGAUCAGGAAAUCCUAGAACAUUUGGAAGCCAAGGUGAGGUCUGAUAUUCACAAGCUUCACCCCUUAAUUGAUGAGUUUAUCCCUACUCUUGAAGGCGAGAAUGGAAUCUGCUGCACCCAUCCAGAAAAGUUGCCAGGAGUAGGCAAAGAUGGGUUGAUCCGUCACUUCUUUCACCGGCCAUCGAAAGCAUACACAACAGGAACAAGGAAAAGAAGAAAGGUUCACACUGAUGCUGAUGGCAGUGAAACAAGGUGGCACAAAACAGGUAAAACUAGACCAGUCUACAUCAGUGGCAAGUUGAAAGGUUACAAGAAAAUCCUUGUUCUUUACACCAACUACAAGAAGCAAAGGAAGCCUGAGAAAACAAACUGGGUCAUGCACCAGUACCACCUUGGCAACAAUGAAGAGGAGAAGGAAGGUGAGUUAGUUGUGUCUAAGGUUUUCUACCAGACACAACCUAGACAAUGUGCAGGUUCACUACUCAUCAAAGAUUCAUCAUCAUUCCCUGCUAAACUAAAGGAUCAGGGUGGUGUUCAUCAUCAUGAAGUGACUAAUAAUCAUAAGAACAAUGGGUUUGUGGAAUACUACAAUGCAUCCUUUAUAAGUUUUGCUCAAGGGGAACAACAACAUAGGUCAAACAAUCCCACAUUGAUUUCCCAUUUUCCUGCUCAUGAUGGGGCUCCUUUCAUUCCUUGAUAUAUUUUAUGUUAAACAUAACUUUUAUUACUUGUACAUUUUUAUUAUUGAUUAGAAAUUCUUUGUGGGACCAAGUUUAGGGCUCACAUUUUUAUCAAUAAUAAAAAUGUAAGUAAGAUAAAGUUAUGUAAAAUUACAUAUGAGAAAAUCUAUUCUUAAAGGAUGAACAAAAUACUAAAUAGGACUUAUUACAGUUAUAAGCUAAGGCAUUACAAUUGUAUUCUGCAAUGAAGAAAUAAGUUAAUGACCAAUUACAGUUAGGAGGGGAAAGAAUAAGGAGAAGCUACUUCAUUGUAAAGCUGGUGGUCAGAUACUCCUAUUUUGGGAAAAAUUGGGCUAAGAAACUAAAAGAGAAGGAUGUAACUGUUGUUUUCUUCUUCUUCUUGUUCUUUUAUUUUUUAUUUUUUGUAAAAGUUUUGAAGGGUACGUAGCUUCUAUCAUGCUUUGUACUGUGACUGGAAACAUACAUGUCAAAGGCUUCAUGUUCUUACUUGGAUACAUACUAACCUUCAAUAUGUACAAACAUGACUUUACCUGAAGCAAUAUUAAACUACAGAUUCUCUA